AUCGCAUUUGAUGGACGUCGUUCGACACAGGUUCAAUGAAGCUGCUCGAAAAGUUGGGGCAUUCGCUACCGAAUCGUAAAAUCAUGAAGAUCCUGUUUGCGACAGCCUGUUUGGUGGCGGUGGCUGCAACUUUGGAGAAUAAUAAUCUGACAGUCACCGAGCAAGUCUACUUAGACGUCACGAUAGACGAUCGUCCAGCAGGUCGAAUAGUAAUUGGUUUAUUCGGUGACAUUGCGCCGAAAACCGUGCAGAAUUUCAUCACUUUAUCGACAACUGGAGUGGCAGGGAAAACGUACAAAGGCAGCAGGUUCCAUCGUGUGAUUAAGAAGUUCAUGGUCCAAGGUGGCGAUAUAGAAAACGAUGAUGGUACCGGAUCGAUCAGUAUCUACGGCAAAUACUUCGAAGACGAGAAUUUCGAAAUCGGACACAACGGUCCCAUGUACGUCAGCAUGGCGAACGCUGGAAAGGAUUCAAAUGGUUGCCAAUUUUUCAUCACUACCGUAAGCACACCAUGGCUAGACGGUAAACACACGGUCUUUGGAAAGGUUGUUGACGGUCAAGAUGUUGUUUUCAAGAUCGAACAAACUCGAACUGAUGCGGACGAUGUGCCGAUUAAGCCAGUUGUUAUCUACGAGUGCGGUUACAUUCCGACACCUUCACCUUACCAAGUGGACGAUAAUGUGUAUAACAUCUGGGCUUGGAUAAAAGCGACAUCGAUACCAUUAGGCUUCAGCUUCUCGAUCCUCGGCUUUUUCCAUUACAUGAUGAAGCAACUGGACGUGUAACGAAUUCUAACAAAG